GCAUCUGGUAUGCCAUGGUUACACAAGACGCUCAUUGGGACUCAAGUUGAAAUUUUCAUAAUAAACAUGCCUCCCAAGAAGGGAAAGAAAGGAGGAAAGAAAAGUGGAAAGAAGGGUGGGAAGAAAGGGAAGAAGGGUGGGAAAAAAGAUACCCCGUCAGUUGGAGAUCAAUCUAAAGCACCAGAACCGACUGAAAAAGAAGUCUUACUUCAAGCUGAGUAAGUGUCAAUAGAUAAUAAAUUAAAUUCCUAUAUAAUCUAUACUAUUAGUCGAUAGUAAAGAAGUAGAAAUUUAAUUAAAAUUUUACAAAAUAAAAGAAAUGAGUAAAAAUUGUUAGGUGAAAGGGUAGUUGAAUUCAUAGUAUUACAAAAAGUUUUGAGUGGUUGUUUUUGUAUCCUUCUUAAUUUUAUGUACUUAACUUAAACUUAAUUUUUAAUGUACUCUUGUUAUCCAUACCGAAUAGUAAUCAUCCUUUCACACUGUUUAUUUCUUUACUCAUAAUCAUAUAAUUUACAAUAUAUGCGUUGAUGAGACAUUAGAAAAUAAAGUGUUAUUGGUAAUCUACCACUUGUGCGUUGGUUAUGAAAAAAUUCCUGUUGUUCCUGUUUGAAGUGUGCUAUUAAUAGGGUUGCCAGACGUCCGGCAAAAGGAGCGCAUUUCCUCGUUUUAGCUCAAUAUCCUCCAUCCGGCAGGCAAAGCUAAAAUCUUUUAAAAUGUCCGGCAUUUCUUACAUUUUAUAAUAUAAUUUUUAUGUAUUGACAGUAUCGUUGUUACAACUAUUACAUGGUAUGUUUACGUUGUUACAAUGUACAAAUUCUAUGCAUUUCUGGGAACAAGUCGAUUUUAGUCAUUCUAACAAUCUAGCUCUGUGCUGUAUUAUCUAUGGUCACAAUGUUAAUUUUAUUGCCGGUUCCGGCAACAAAGACGUAAAUUUAAAUUGUUUUUUUAAUUUGUAAUUUUUGCUGUCUAUGUUUACGAAAUUGGCUAAUUCUCGAACACUAUGAAAAAUAAGUUUCCUUGCUUUGUUGAAGGAUGCAAUGAGAAUGAGGCAAAGUAUAUGAUUUGCGAUAGUUACUUGUGCGUUGCCAACAAAGGAGCUACUGACUUGGAGCGCCAUGUUGACAGUGAGAGACAUAGAAACCUAAUCAAAGUGUCCGCGUCAUCAAACAAAUAGACGUGUUUUUUUCAGCAUAAGUAUUCACAGGUGUUGUUGAAAGCACAUGCGGCUGAAGCAACUUUGGCAUUUCAUAGAGUUUGUCAUCCUUAUUCUUACAACUCGAUGACCUGCACAGGUGGUUUGAUGCACACAUUAUUUGAAGUUUUGGAAAUCGCUAAAAAUAUUGCUUGUGCAAAAACAAAGACUGAAGCAAUAAUAAACCAGGUAAUUGGCCCCCACACUGUUGAUCAAUUGAGUAAAUCUUUAGGUGGCAUUUCACAUUUUGGUCUUUUGACAGAUGCUAGCAAUCACGGUUCACAGAAAAUAUUUUCGAUCGUUGUUCAAUACUUUGACUGGAAGGCAGGUGGAAUCCAAACUAAGAUUCUCGAUUUAGACAACAUACCAAAUGAAACCUCAGAAACUAUAUCACAGUACAUUUUGAGAAUGCUCCAAAAAUAAUGAUAUGUACUCCAAAUUUAUUGCCUUUGUUGCUGACAAUGCCAAUGUAAAUUUUGGAGGCAUUAACAGAAGAGAAGGUAAAAAUGUGUUUUCGCAUUUGAAGGAAGCCUUGAGCAGGCCGUUAGUAGACGUUGUAAGUCUGGCUUACAUUCUGCACAACUGCAUCCAACAUGGCGCAGAUUUAAUGCAGAUUGAUGUUGAAACUAUUGUCUUGAAGAUAUUCAAUCACUUUUCUAUAUGCACUGUCAGAACAGAAACUUUAAAGGAGUUUUGUGACUAUGUCGACAUUAACUAUCAGCAACUACUGUAACACUCUAAAAUCAGAUAGCUCAGUUUUUUUCCAGAUGUUGAGAGGCGGCUGAAGCUGUUUACUGCUUUGAAAGAAUAGUUUCUUUCUGUAAACCCACCACCUGCUAUGAUAUAAAAAAAAUGUUGAGAACGAUUUUUCAGAAGUUUACCUUUGGUUUCUGCAUUUCUUGAUGUCUGUCUUCCAAGUCAAUAUUGCAGUCUUUGAAAGAGAAGAAACAUCAGUAUUAGAGGUUAUGAGCCUUCUUCACACAACCUUGGAAGUUUUGAAAAACAGAUUAAAGAGACAUUUAUUUCACUGAAAGUCAGGGAGAUGUUGAGAAGACUUGAGGAAAGUGGUCAAGAAGAAAAGAGUAUAAUUAUAAUAAUUUUAUGGCAGAUGUUAAGUUGGUGUAUGACGCAUGCAUUAGUUACUUAGAAAAGUGGUUGAAACCUUUUAAUGAAUUUCAAUGCUUUAAUUGGAUGUACUUAGAUAAAAUCAAAGACUGUAAAUUUGAUGACCUUUUGAGAUGGGUAUUAUUGUAGAUGAUGUGCAAUUGUUUUACCAAUACUGCAAUCUUAAAUCAUUUGUACAAGACAAACAUGAACAUUUUUUUGAAAGACUCUUGCAUGAACAGUAAAGUUUAUUUUUCCAAAGUUGCCCAAAUGCUUGUUGCUUUUCAGAGUUACUUAAAAUUUGUGAAUUUUUGUUCUGUAUCCCUGGACACAAUGGCAAUGUAGAAAGAGUGUUCUCCUUGAUUAAUGCUCAAUGGACAAAGGAAAGGAAUAGACUCUUACUCGACUCUGUAAAGGGCAUCAUUCUUACAAAGUAAAAUUUGAAGAAUCUUACCUGUGAACAGUUUUAUGCAUAUUUGAUUUCUAACAAGGAUCUUCGGCGAAAAGUUGGGUCCUCCGAGAAAUAUGUCAUAUAAUUAAGACAUAAUGAUUAUAAGGUAAUGAUUGUACGUUUGGCUAUUUAAAUGAGGUUUUUUGACAUUUUGAAAAAGGCGUCCAUUGAAUUUGUUUUUUUAACAUGAAUUUUUCUUGGUCGAUUCACUAAGAGUAAUAUACACUUAAUUGGCAGUUAUUACAAUAAAAUUGUGAUGACUAUGAGUUUAGUCCAGGACGACUCAAAAGAAACAUUAAAAAAUGUCCUCUUUUGUCCUAUUUCUUGUUUUAUUAUGUCCUCCUUUUGGUGUCUCAAAAGAAACAUUCAAAAAUGUCCUCUUUUGUCCUAUUUCUUGUUUUAUUAUGUCCUCCUUUUGGUGUCCAGGUAUCUAUUAAACAGUUAUUUUUUCUAUUGUUGUGGACAGUGGAUUGAGGGCCACUGGGUUUUAUGUGGAAAAGAAAGAGAGAGUGGGGAAUGUUUUCUCAUCAAAGUACCAGACAGAUGUCCAAUCAUUUUAUAGGAUUGUAUAGAAAGAUAUAUUCUUCCAGGCUCACAGAUUUUAUAGGAUGGAUGGGCUGCUUAUGCAAUCAUAAGCCAGAACAGACAUGGAAUGUUUGACAUUCCUUUGUGGUCCAUCAACAAAACUUUGUUGAUCCAAAUGAUGCUUAAAAAAUGUGGAUGCAUGCAAAAUGCAAACUAAAAAUACAGUUUAGCACAGCCUGUAAUGUUUUCCCUUCCAAUUGCAUGAAUACAUGUUCCGUUUUCAUGGAGAUCAUAUUUUAAAAAACAUCAUUGUUACCUUGGGGGAGAACUAUGCAUUAUCCUAAACUCUGUUGUCUUUUAAACAUUAAAUUGUUUAAAUUUUUAUAUUUUAAAAAUUGUAUUGUUAUUUUAAAAUUGUUUUAAUUGGUAUAUUUUAAAAAUUUUGUCCUGGAUUAUUUAUAGAUGUGCUGAUAUGAAUAUGUACUAUGACAUAAAAUAAUAUUUCCAUCUAUGUGAAUAAAUAAAAUAAUUGUAUCUUAUGAAUAAAACAAUAACAGUUUAAAUAGCACUUCAAACUGGAGCAAAAGGAUUUUGUUAUAACUAACGCUGAUGUGGUGGAUUACCGUGUUUUUUUAAAUCAUUAGUACAUGGAGGUACAUCUGCAUCCUCUGGUAUGGGUUAAUGUUUCCAUCAGGUCCUCAGUAUAACUACUGUAAAUACUGUAUAUAUUUCAUGAAUUUAAAAAAAAUAGAAACAUCACCAUUCACCCACCCCAACCUUUUUUCUCGCAGUAAAAGAUAUAAACUUUGCCAUAGGAACAAAAACAUCAUUAAGUAAAAAAAAAAAUAGGCUCCUUAAAAUACUAGUCUAUGAGGACAGUAUGUGUUUUAAAUAUAAAACUGUUUAAAGGAUGAGGCCAAACCAUUAUAAUGAUUCAUCACAAAUUAAGGCUUUCUAAAUGUUUACAAAUUCUUCCCAGUAUAUCCAUGAAAAUGUCAGUCAGGUUUCUGGAGUAACUUUCCAAAAUUAUUGAAACUAAGCUUCCAUAUUACAUUAGGACUAAUUUACUUACUGUUGAUUCCAAUGUGUCAAUUAUAACAUAAUCACCUCCACAAUCCAAUCAAAUCAGUAAUAUUUGAUAAUUGUUAAAGAGAAUAACAAAUACUUUGAAAGCAAAGAUAUAAUAAAAUUAAAUGCACAAUUUACAAUAGAAAUAAUGGAUAUUCAAGAAAAAUUGACAGUUAGUUGAGAAAGUAAGAGUUAUUCUAUUUUGUAACCCUAAACCGCUACUAACACACACAUAUUUUAGGUGAUUGUUGACUUAAUUCGAGAUUUAAAUAAAUGAGCAAUUUAUUGAAUUUCAGAAUUAUGAGAAAAUUAUUGCAGAAUAUGUGCAUAAAUGUACAUAGUAACCCUCCCCAAAUAAACUCAUAAGAAAAAAUAUCCUUAAUCAACAAAUACCUCCAUCUGUGCAUGUGUAAUAUAUGGAUAGCCCCUUAAGGCUGCAUAAUACAGAUGUUCUGUUUUCUUGUUUAUACACCUGGCAGUGUAUGUAGCAAUUUUUUCACACUGCUUUCAAUAAGCAGCAAAAAAAAUCAACAGCUCAAGAAAGGUAAUAGACUUCAAUGACUUUCUUGUAAUUCUCUUUAUGGCAGACAGUUUUUUAUCCACUGGUGUAGGAAGGGUAUGGGUGGAUAGUGCAGUCUGCUCUGGAUGGCUCUAAACACUACACCACUGAGUUUAUUCAUAUCAGACAGCAAGAUAGAACUUAAAAUCAACAUAUAAUGGAUUUUCUGAUAUUCAGUGCAAGACAUGUACAACAUUUAAGAUAAGAUUAUUUUAUUAAUCCAAAUAAAUGGAAAUUUUUUUUUGAUUACAAUGUACAAAUUCAUUUCAGCACAUGCAUGGCUAUUCUUACAAAGACAAAUAUUUUUUAAAUUAGGACAAUUUAACAUAAAUAUCUAAAAGUAUUUUGUAAGCGCAAAAAAUCAAAUGUCACAUCUCAUAUGCCAUGGAACUUCACUCAGUUAGUGAUUAUGUUGAAUUAAGAGUGUUUAUUUAGAUUUUUCUAUUAUCCAAUAGUUCCUGAUGACCUAAUUAGAUUAUUGUUCAAGGCUACUUAGGAGCAUAAAUGAAUGUUCAUUGUCUUGUAUGAAAUUAUAUUAAGCAGAAAAUAAAUUUUUUGUUAUUUAAUUUUUUUUUUUACAGAUUAGAGAAAGUAACUCUUCAAUUGGAGGCAGCAAAGUUCACAGUUGAAGAUUUGUAAGAUUUCUCAGAAAAAGAAAAAAAAAACUAAUAUAAAAAUAAAUGUUAUUUAAAUCUUAUUAAAACUUAUCUGAAAUAGUCUAUUAGAAAUUAAACUUACCUUAUUUUAUUUUUUAAAAUGCAUCCUUUUGAUUAAAAAAUACAAUUGGUUUUAUUUCUUAACAUUACACAGGAAGCAGGAAAAUGAAUGGCUGCAAAAUGAAGCUCAAAAAAUUAGAAUUGAAAGUGUAAGUUUUUUAAUAUUUGGUUUCUUUCCUUUUUUAUUUUACUUGUUGAGUGAAUUCUGAGCUGAAUUUAAUGACUCUUAAUAUCAUCAAAAUUCUUUAAAUUCUCUGCAUUAAAGAGGUCAUUCUGUAGUGUUUUCACAAGAUCAUGAUGAGAAAAAUGUUAGAAAUAAAAAUAGAAAAAUGUUGUGUCAAAAAAAAAUCAUAAUAAUAAUAAUGUAUGUCAUGUAAUAGCCUACGAUUGACUUAAAAUAUCAGUAAUCAUAUCAAAGUUGCAGGCACUAAAAUAAAAUUAUUAUUUUAUCCCCACUGCUGCAGGGUAUGAGACAUGUUACAAAAAAUUUAAAACUCUGUAGUUAAAACAUAGAAUAAGAAUUUUAGUAGGCUCUUUGGGGUCACCUUGUGAAUCAACCUUAUUCAAAAUUAAUAAGUUUUAGGUCUCUCCCUCAAAUGUAUUUUUAAUAAAUUUGUAUACUGUACCCCUGUAUGUAAACAUCUUUUUUUGUGAUAAGUUUGCAGAUAAUAACUUCUUUUUAUUUUAAAAAUGAACAUAUUCUAUUUUAUGGGCUUAGAAUUCAUGAGUACCUUGUUUGCUUAUGAAACUAGAAUUGAUAAUUGGGAAUUUUGACAUUGAAAUGGUAUUUUUGUGGCAUUUGUCUGCAGAAGAAGGCAUCUAGCCAAAAAUUCCCUUUAUUGUCCUGUCUUUUCAUUUCAAGUCUAAACAUAUCUUGUUCAACUAUUUUUUUUAGCAUGAGUAUAUGAGUUACAUGGAGAAAAAGACAAGUAAAAGACAAACAACUAUUAUCACCUUGAGUGAUCACAAUAAGCAGGAGAUCAGAAACCUUCAAAUUCAAAGACAAAAUAUGGAAGAUGAGUUUGAUGAAAAGAAGCGAGGUGAAACAUUCAUUCAUUUCAUGUUAUUUUUAGAAGUGAUUUAAGUUAUCUCAGACAAUUAAUCUUUAAUUAUGACAAUUACAGUUACCUUAGAACUGAUUACUUUAAUGAUAAAUUUUAACUGAGGAUCUAACUUUUACCUUAUUUUUCCACUAUAUUAGUUAGUUAUAUAUAUUAUAUAGUCAACUGAUGAGUGUAGAUAGGCAUAGCUUCAAAAGAAGUUGGUUUCAUCUUCUUGUGUAAACCAAAUUUAGUAUACCACUUUGCACAACUAUAAAAUUCAAUCGAAGAUAUUUUUUAUGGAUGUUCAGCCUAUCCCACUUGUGUUUUUAAAUUAAGAUGGUUCACUUAAGGCUAGAAGAGGUUUCUGUCAAUUUUAAUGUAUCUUGAUGAGCAUCCUGUAGCACCACCAGUGGGGUUCAGGGAAAAAUGGAUCUCUUUCCAUUUUUCUCUGUCUACCACUGCAUUAUUUCCACCCAAGUCAUUUCAAUUAUGCUCCAGAACUAGAAAAUAAAAUAUCCUUCUCUAUUUGUCUUUGAAGUGUUCCAUGUGAGUUCCUGUCUGGCUAAACUUGAAGGGCCAUUCUGGAGGGUGCAUCCUAUCCACCUCCUCUUCUUUUUUUCCUUGAUUUUGUGUUUCAUUAGAAGAUAAGUUUAAAUCAGACACGACUUCAUUUUUUCCAAAUUAAAAAAAAAAAUCAAACAAUAAUACUGUUGAUGAAAAGGUGGGACUCAUGGUAAAAUAAAGUCGUGCAAGAACUUAAUAAUUGAGUAUUGUUUCAGCUUUAGAAAAUCUACUAUUGCAAAAACAACAUCUGCUAGAAAAAGCUAACCAGGAACUAAAUGACUUACAAGAAUAUAAGGUAAGCAGUGUUAUUGCUAAUCAUCCCCUUAAGUUGCAGGUGCACAUUUUUGGAAAUCGCCCCCCCCCCCCAAAAAAAAAAAAAAAAAAUACUUCCCAUCUAGUGAAGUUACCUGAAAAAACUCCAGUAACACACAUUUAAAAAUCCCAAUUUUUUCUACAACUUCCCUCCCCCCCCCCCCCAUAAACAACAUAACAAAAUGAUCUUUUUAACCCACCCCUUCCUUGUUUCAAGUUAUUUAUAGAAAAUAUUUACAUUUGCAAUUAAAUGAAGUCACUGUAUUUAAAAUUAUGUCACAGGUUUUCUUUGCUGGCCAUUUGACAUAGGCAAAUGCUGGAUUUAAAUUUGUCACUAGGCUAUAAAUUAGUAUUUCAAUAUAAGGUGAAGUCACUUUUAAAAACUCUAAGCAACAGUAUUGCAGUAGUUAUGAUACUUUUUAUAUCCUUCAAAAAUAUUAAACAUCAUUUCACAAAUUUUUUGUGAUGGUUGGCUAUAUUAGAUAUUUAUCCCCCCCCCCCCCCCCCCCCCCCCCCCACACCCCGACCCUUAGCAAAGUCUUCAAAAGCAGCUCCCAUCCUUACAAGCACAUAUGUAACAUAUGGAUGGCCCCUAAGUUUAUGGUGCUUUUCAAAUAUUAAAAUGUACUUAAGAAGGAAAAAAAGCUAUACAAAGAUUAAUUAAUUUUUGUAUUCCUAAAUCUUAUGAUUUAAAACUUGAGGGGAAAAAACUGCAAUCAUUUUUUUUUCUAAUUAUUUCUGAUAUAAAAUUAGUCAUAUGUAAUCCAACUUAAUUAAAUCAACAUCCUCCAUUCACCAUGAAAAGCAUUAUAGCCAUGGAACCACCUAAACUUACUGUACCUGUACUCACUGUAUGUAUAAUCCCCCUGUCUGAGAAUCAGGAUUUGCAGUCAGACCAGCUGAACAAAAUUAAAGAAUUAGAACAGGAAGUAGUGAAGAUGAGAGCCCACCACACAACAUGUGUACAGCAGAUGAAGUCUGACUUUCUUAGAGAAAAGAAAGACUUCCAGCAUGAUUCAGAAUUCAGGGUACAGUCUUUGGAGAAAAAAGCUAUUCAGGUGUGUAUGUAUUGAAAGUGAUAUCCAGAUUUUUUAUUACAUUGAGGUAAACAUGUAAUUAUUUAAGGUAUAAUUGUUCUUAAGUAAAAAUUAAUAUGACAUUUUUGAUUUUUAUAAAAAUUGAAAAUUUGGAGAGAGAUUAAUAAAAUGCUGCUGAAGUAUUGUAAUAUUUUAAAAACAAUUCAAUACUUUUUUUUUUCAUUUUAUUUUUAGGAUGCACAACAAUGCUUGUCUGAGCAUGCCAACAAGAUAAAACUAGAAAACAGAGAACUGAGGCAGAAGCUGAUGCAGUUGAUUAAAACAACAAGGGCACUAACAGAUCACCAGAAGACGUUGGAGGAACAAAAACGCCAGCUCCUUAGGGAGCAAAGUUAUGCAUAUGACUUAAAGAAACUGAGAGAAGCUAGGCAGAAAAAAUCAUUUAAACCAUUGGAAGAUAACCCGCAAGAGUCAAAUCAAGAGGAGAAAACAUGAGUAGUUGAUAAAGUUAUUUAAUUCUUGAUGUUUCAUUGACACUUAGAUGUAUUGGUUAAUAAUGCAAAAGAUUAGAAUGUCUAUAAGAUGGCUGGGUAAUAGGUUUGGAUGCAACGUGAGUGGAUUUACUUACACUUAAAAACAUUCUUUUUAUAUUUUAUGUAAUUGUAAUGUUCUUAAAAUUGUUCCAUGUUAUCUUAUAAAUAAAAGUUUUUAUUAAAAUAUUUAAACUUAUUGUUAAAUGGUUUCCUCAUUUCAAAAAAAUUAUUUCACAUCUUCUUUGACUGAUCAUUCUUGUUAGAAAUAUAUAACAAUUUUAACUAUGAACUCAGGAUUG